CAAAGCGACGCUGCGCCAGAACGAACAUUCACAAGGCGGCUUUUUGAUUGAGGGAUUGAAGGGGGAGAGAAAGAAGGCGGAGAGAGAGAGAGAGAGAGAGAGAGAGAGAGAGAGAGAAAGAGAGAGAGAGAGGAGGUAAGAGUUGUGGAUCUCAAUGUGAUCACGAUGGGGAGUGUAUCGAUUCUGUGAGCGCGCUCCACAAUUGGCAGCAUAUCUUCUACUCCACGACCACGGUGCGCGUCACACACUCUUGUCUCUUUGCGUGUCACCUUUCUAUUGUAUGUGUGUAUGUGUGUGUGUUUGUGUGUGUGGAAAUCUUUUUAAUUCAAGCUGACGGAAGUGAACGGCAUUUUCAAUCUCUUGUCUGAAGCUUCGUGGAAGCGUCACGCCUCUUCAUUAAGAAUUGCAGACACUUGUGCGCCGCUGACUUGCUCCAUCACCCUUGGAAGAGAAUUGAAUAAUUUACGCCACAAUCACGCCUCGUCGCCUUGCGUGGAUGCUCCGCUGAUCUUUUUUUUUUGCCUCCUUUUUUCCCGUACACCUUCCUGGAGGAUUUCUCGAGCGUUUGAAGAAGCUGCGCACGCAUCUUAAAUAUCAUCUGUUGCUGCUAUACCUACCGGAGGAAGAGGAAGAGGAGGAGGAAUCUGGAAUCCGAUGAUGAAGACAAGGAUAAGGAAAGGAUAAAAUGGACGAAAAGGUGCUGUUACUUUUAUUGCUGCUCCUGUCCUUGCACGCCGUAAUUCCAUUCAUUAUGAUCCGUCUCUGUCGUCGACCCCCCCUCCCUCAUUGAUCCGUAAGUUUAAUAGCCGUGUGAGCAUCUCCCAAGUCACCCAGCAAAGACACGCACGGUUGGGGGAACAAAUCGUGGAUGUAUCCCCCACCCAGCACCACGACACCCCAGCUUUGAUCCCCCCCCCCCCCCCCCACCCCUCCACUCACUUCCCACUCAAAUGUUGAUGAUGGAGGACGACGAACUGGACGCUCAUCAGGUUGAUUCGGAUUUUGAGCCGCAAAGCCGGCCUCGCUCCUGCACCUGGCCGCUGCCGUGCCCGGAGGAUUUCCCCCCCGCCGCCGCCGCACACGAGGUGAACGGCGGGGGGCUUCCGCUAGCCGGCAUCAAGGUGGAGCCGGAGGACGUGCCGGCGUGCCGAGCCGCGCUUCUCGGUGGAGGCGCACUGACCGGCGAUCUGAAGCAUCCGGCCGGCGCCCCGGCACCCGCCGGCGCCACGCACCCGUGCCUCGACGUGAGCGGACCGCUGCGCAAAGCCAAGUCGUCACGUCGGAACGCGUGGGGGAACCAGUCCUACGCGGACCUCAUCACCCGGGCCAUCGAGAGCACCCCGGAGAAAAGGCUGACGCUGUCGCAGAUUUACGACUGGAUGGUCCGCUACGUGCCCUAUUUCAAGGAUAAAGGCGACAGUAACAGCUCGGCCGGAUGGAAGAAUUCCAUCCGUCACAACCUCUCCCUGCACACACGCUUCAUCCGUGUUCAAAAUGAGGGCACAGGAAAAAGUUCCUGGUGGAUGCUCAACCCUGAUGGUGGGAAGAUGGGCAAGGCCCCCCGGCGGAGAGCAGUCUCCAUGGACAACAACACCAAGUAUCUGAAGAGCAAAGGUCGCAUCAGGGGCAAGAGAGUUGGACGCCCUGGAAUUGGAGCAGGUUCCACCGUCGUCGGACUUCAGGGUUCCCCUGAUCACGGCAGCCCACCACAUAAAGGUCUCCCUGGCUCCGGAGGUGCAUCCGGUACCGAUGGGGAGUUCGACGCCUGGACAGAUCUCCACUCCAGGGCCAGCUCAUCGGCCUCCACUUUGAGCGGGCGUCUUUCGCCCAUUCUUGCUGAAGGGGAACCGGAGGAACCAGAGGAGGGAGGUCUGUCCUGUUCCACCUCCCCACACCUCUAUCCCUCACCGACUGCCCGCUCUCCGUCCAUGGGGACAGGGAACCGUUGUCCUCCCCUUGAGCAAUUGCCUCAGCUGGCCAACCUGACAGGUGCCAUCAGUCUUGAUGAGCAGCUGAUGGAGGAAGGUUAUCAUCACCAUCAUUCACAACAGCAGCAACACCAACAGCAUCCUUCAGUUGGCAGACAUAAGCACCAAACCUCGGUCUACCAUUACAACUCUGGAGUGAAGAGCCAGGGAUCUUAUGGUGCUGGGGGGUACGGUGCGACGGGCAUGGGCAUGAUGCGCCACCACUCGCCCAUGCAAACCAUCCAGGAGAACAAACCCGCCAGGUUCUCGGGAACAAUGCGGACAUACUCCAGCAGCAACGCCCUGCAGAGUCUUCUGACGGGGGGAUCGGCCAGGCAAGCGUACUGCCCAAAGGACAUGAUGCUGGCCCCCAAGAGAGAAAGUCACCCCAUGAUGGGCCCGGCUUGUAACGGCUCCAACCCCCACGGCCACCUCCCAGGUCACCACAACGGAUCUCACAGUCACAACAGAACUCACGGCCAUACUCCGUCACACAAUCACAACUCAUCUCACGGUCUCAGUCAUAACAGCAUCAGCCAUAACCAUACGCCGCCCCGCGCGCUGCCCCUCAACCCGUGCGGCAACCAACUGCAGACCUACAAUCACAAAUCGCCCUACCUGUACAGUCCACCUUCUCACGCCCACCUACCGGCGUCAACGACCCUGCCGCCUAACCCGGCGGGGAUGCUCGGCAUGCCCCAGGACUCUUGUCAUUUGGCCACCGCCCCUCAUCCGCACCCCCGUCACAACCAUUACCCUGAGCCGCAACACCAAGCCAUGGCUAACGGACCCUUCCACCUGGGCCAGGGCAUGGGUGGCAGUAACGGCAGCGGGGGCUACCACCACGGGUACCACCAACCCCACCCGCAUGAGAGACUACCAGCUGACCUGGACAUCGAUAUGUUCCAGGGCAGCUUGGACUGCGAUGUGGAGUCCAUCCUCCUCCACGAUAUCAUGGACUCCGGGGAGGAGAUGGACUUCAACUUUGACUGCUCCCUUGCUCAGGGGGUGGGAAUCGGAAUGGGUAUGGGAAUGGGUGUGACAAUGGGCAUGGGGAUGGGAAUGAGCGGACUCGCCGGUCCACAGCAAGCCCAUAGCAACCAGAGCUGGGUCCCCGGCUGAAAUCCGGUAUAGGACCCAACCGGUCCCUCACAAAAAGAACAAUGUUACCCAUAAAGCACUGUGCUUAAUUGUGACAUUCCUGACUUGACACAGAGACUAUAGGACCAUGUCUUUCUUUGUUGUCUGUCACUCCCCCCUCCUCCUUUUUUUUCCCUCCUCUGCCCCGCCUCCUUUCCCUGUGAGAUCUAACUCAUGUCUCGUUACAUAUUUCCUCAUAUCAGCUAUACUGUGAUGACAAUCUCUCAGCAUCAUUGCUUCUCAUCUACCAUGAGAGCUGAACUCUCAGUGCACUUUAUUGCAAGUGGGUCUUCAUCUGGCGGAACAGCUCUUGCGCAACUUUUUAUGUGAAGGCUGUACCAUUUUGGGCAUGAACAAAUUAAAGACAGAAGUCAAACUUAAAUAGGACCUUUAAUCAGUCAAUAGCCACGUUUACAUGAGGAGUUUUUCUCUUUCCGAAAGCAAUGGUAUACAUGGAAAGGAAUAUUCCAAUCGCGUGUCUACAUGCGCCGCUAUAAUCAACCAGAAUAGUCAAUGGGGCAUGCCCAGUAAAACGUAAACACCAACAUUCCGUUAUACCGACUUCCUUGAGUUUUUCUUUCACUUGUUGAAAUAACUCCGUAUUGCCAGUUUUUCGUUUGUCCAGUCCUGAAAGGGUUCAAUUCCACCCUCGGCCAUCUCUGUGUGGAGUUUGCAUGUUCUCCCCGUGCAUGCGUGGGUUUUCUCCGGGUACUCCAGUUUCCUCCCACAUUCCAAAAACAUGCUAGGUUAAUUAGCGACUCUAAAUUGUCCAUAGGUAUGAAUGUGAGUGUGAAUGGUUGUUUGUCUAUAUGUGCCCUGUGAUUGGCUGGCGUCCAGUCCAGGGUGUACCCCGCCUCUCGCCCGAAGACAGCUGGGAUAGGCUCCAGCACUCCCCCGCGACCCUCGUGAGGAAAAAGCGGUAGAAAAUGAAUGAAUGAAUGAUGUUACAGGCCACGCAGCUAGGAGACCCGAGUUCAAUUCCACCCUCGGCCAUCUCUGUGUGGAGUUUGCAUGUUCUCCCCGUGCAUGCGUGGGUUUUCUCCAGGUACUGUGGUUUCCUCCCACAUUCCAAAAACAUGCUAGGUUAAUUAGCGACUCCAAAUUGUCCAUAGGUGUGAAUGUGAGUGUGAAUGGUUGUUUGUCUAUAUGUGCCCUGUGAUUGGCUGGCGUCCAGUCUCGCCCGAAGACAGCUGGGAUAGGCUCCAGCACUCCCCGCGACCCUCGUGAGCAAAAAGCAGUAGAAAAUGACCGAACGAACGAACAAUAAAGGGCAUUCUGAUUCUGAUUCUGAUUCUGAAUGGAAUUGGAAUAUUCGGGUCCAUGUAAACGUGGCUAUAGUCUGAAGUUGGGACCUCUUUUCAGACCAAAAAAAAAAAAACGUACAAGAAAUCCCCCUGAAAAGUAAAACCUUAUCAAAACCUCAAUACAUGCAAAUGAAUUUAUGAUCCAGAGUCACUUCCUCCUCAUAAUGAAAUUCACGCUCAUGAGAGCCAAUCAAUCUUGGCCAGUGUCUUAGCACUCGUGUUAUUUACGGCCUCAUACAUCCAGACCUUGGCACCUUGACUCCUCCGUUGGAACGCAAUGUUUAGUUAAUGUCCUUUUUCGCCAUCGUCCGAGGCGUGUUGUCACUACAUCACCAAAUGGAUUCCAUCAUUACUCGCUUGCAUGCAAUUUGGUGAAUUAAAAACUUGUAUCACCUUGUCUCACCUGGGCCUCCUGAGCCUCACUCGCUAUAUCUCUCUCUCUCUCUCUCUCUCGCUGGCAUUGUCUGGAAAGUGGCGUUCUCUUUUCCGCCUGCCAGCAGAGACAAAGUGGCCAUUACUCACAGCGAGCCAUUAAUGGGGCUUGAUUGAAAUUCAGCAUCUUGCUUUUAAUCUCCAAAGUGAUGCGGCAGCGAUGCGUCAUUAUUGAGAAGCUAACACAUUGUCCUACCAUAUCUCACCUCCCCGGGGGGCACAUCCGGAGGGGGGGGGGGGACAGCCGCUUUGCCCCCUGUCCGACGUUGACGUGCUGAGAAAGCCGAGUUGCCAUCCCGUUCCAGGAAUAUUCACUAGGUGAGACGGAGUAUCAAACAUGAGCUUCUUACGCUUUUGAUGCAAAUAGAACAAUUUUAACAAGGUCGAUGAGAAGCCCGCAAAGCCAUCCGCCCCAAAACACCAGUCCCCCCCUGCCCUAAAACCCUUUUUUUCUGUGUGUUUAUUCUGUUGUCGUGUAUUUUGUCGUUGUGUUGUUGCUAACUCUACGAACCAACAGCGCUCGUGUGUUGUGUGCGCCGAGGAAAUUCUGUCGGUGAAAUGAUGUAGUGCAGUAUGACUUUUUCCUCCCAUCUUCCUGGUCGGGAAAACCAUUCCGCCCGCCCACAUGUGUGCUUUGCUCAAUUGUCUCUGUGUUUGUGAGUGAAGGAUGGGGGCGGUGUUGGAGUGGAGUGUGUGGUGGCGGUGGGGUGGGUUAGUCUGAAGCUUUCGUUAUCAUUGGCCUUGAGGGAGUUAUGGAGAGGACAUCCUUUUUUUUUUUUUUUUUUUUUUCCCCUUUCGCCCCUUUUCGCUCCCCCCCAAGGAGAAUCUUCUUGCAUUUGGGCUUGUACACAAAAAGGUGGGUGGGGCUUGGGCUGAGGUAGGUGGGUAGAGUGGUUAUUGUUCCAGCCAAAGGUCAAACAUGGCAGAGACUAUCAGACCCAUUACUGAGGCAAAUACGCCUCUAUUGCAGGGCUUUUAGGCCACGCUGCGGGAAAAUGUGUGUGCUUUUUUUUUUUUGAAGCAAAAUGGCCGGCGUCCCCCCCCUUGCAAGUUGUGCUACAACCUGCGCUAUACAUUAGCCAGAAAAAGAGAGCUAUACGUGAUGUCUAAUUUUUCCUAUAUUUAUUUAUGAAAGAGAUGGGGUCUUUGUCAAAUCCUAAAUGUGGUAGUUGUUUUGAGUCAACUCCUGUACCCCCCCCCUGACCCCCACCCCCCUACAUCCUCUCCCCUCGCCUCUGUUUUUUAAGAUGUCAACCCCCCCCCGUCCCUGUUUUACUUACAUUUAUUUUGUACAAAAUCUAUAUAUUAAGAAUAUUGUAAAAUAGUUUUUAAGAAAAAAAAAUCUCAAAAGAAUAUCAGUUUUGAUGUCUAUUUCUUUUUUUCAAGAGAAUGUAUCUCAUCAUCUGGUGACUGUUAAAUAAAUGCAUU